ACGACAUUUGAAUAUUCCGAUAACAAGAAAUUUAGCCGGAAAUAAUUAAUCAUCACCGAAUCAAUUAACCGGUGGAAGAAGAAGAAUGAACACGCCGAUGUCGAUGUUGAACCCGCGUGGGCGCGUGCUACCGUUUUCGGAGAAGGAGAGAACCGAAGAGGAGACCGAAACACUGGAAUCGAGCCUCCUGCAGCUGAUCGAAGACAACCGUCGAUCGUCGCUACAGCUCCGGGAAAAGACAGAGAGAUCGAGGAAAGAGGCGAUCAGACACGCGGCGAGAACGGCGGAUCUGCUGGUGAAGGCGGUGAACGGAGGAGUGGAGGAGUGUUUCGUCAACGAGAAACGGAUCGAGGCGGAGAUAAGAUCUCUGGCGGUCACGGUGGCGCGGUUCGGCAAACAGACGGAUCAGUGGCUCGCCGCCACUCACGCCGUUAAUAGCGCCGUCAAGGAGAUUGGAGAUUUUGAGAAUUGGAUGAAGACGAUGGAGUUUGAUUGCAAGAAAAUAACUGCUGCAAUUCGUAACAUUCACGAAGAUCACUAAGGUUCUGUCUGAGAGUAGUGGCGAUUCAAGAUCAUGAACAAUUUUUUUUCUGUCUGAAUAUGUUUAUCUACUGUUUCUUAAAACAAGUUGUCUCAAAAUUCAAAAAUGUACAGAGAUCAUGUUGACAUUUGCCUCCUUGAGCUCUUUUUUUGUUCAGUCUCCUUGUAUUUGUUUUAUGUAUUCUUGCUUUCACUUUC